GCAAACUUUAUUAAUGCGUAGAAGACUAAUGAUCUUUCUAAUUAGCAGUUGUGCAGAUGCAAGAAGAAGGUGCAGUGAGGCAUGCACAUUGUGACAGCAAAACCUAAUGCACCUGGGAUAGCUUGGCAGCAACAAGUAUCCACUGACAUCUUGACUGGAAGGGUCCAGCUGCUGUCAGUCAUAAUCCCUUUUCCACCUCUGCCCAUAGCAGUGACACUGCUGUGACAGAUUUUGGCCAAACAGAUCACAAGUUCUCCCACCAACCCAUUGAAGUGGCAGUUUCAUGCUCCUCUCUUCCAGAAAAGGCUGAGUGUUUGGCUGCUGCCCGCCCAGCUGUCACCUGUUUAGAGACUAGUUCUCAAACCAGAGAGCAUUAAUGAGAGCCUGGGCAAGAUGGGCGCAGUUGUCCUCUCUUCUGAUAGGGAUCUCCUCGGGGCUUCUUUAAUGGCUCUGUCAGAUAUUUCUGCAUUCCUACAUGGAGCAAUUACAUAUCCCAUGUAAUUUGCUCACUGAUUGAGGAGUUCUUCCUCAAGAUAUGACACUUGUUCACGUUCCACAGCACUUGAUGUUCUCUUCCUGUUUCAGUUUGGCAUCUGAUCAUCAGAGUGACUUCAGAAGGGCCCCUUCCUUCUAAACUGCACGUCUCCAACACCACAGUCCCUUCAAUGGAGGUAUCUGUGCUUUCUCGGGGUAUCUCAGGCACUCCAGUCCCCUUUGCAGGUGCCUCCGUGGGACCUGGAGGUUCACUGACAGCACACUUUAGCUGUGUCCCAUUAACAUCUUGUCUUUUAAGAGUCUGUAUCUUGACCAGGGACAAUGACAGGUCACGCUGGGAUGGAUUUUGGAAGCCCACUCCAGCUGGACUGACGGAAGGCUUCUCCACAUAGACCCAGGUGUCCAUCAUAGGGACCAGGUCCCUGUCCAUGGUACCCAGGAAGCUGAGCAGUGGGGUGGAGGGCAAGGUGAGAAGAUUCUCCAGGCCACAGCGCUGAAGUAGACUGGACAAUGCCUGUCCCUCGGAGCAAGUGGACACGGAGACACCUCUGCCAUUCCUUUUCCAUGGCAUUGGUCCACUUCAGAGAUGUAGGGAAAGGAAGAGGCUGCAGCUGCAGAGCUGCUACGUUGUGCUGGAUUACCCCAAAGCUUCAUGGCUUCAUCUCAGCACUCAGACAGAGACGUGCUGUGUGUCAGGGUCCACAUUUCAGCGGCCUCGCUGAGCUCAAGGCUCGUCAUUUCCAGCAGCUGCUGGUGGGGCCAAUUAUCUAGAUGGGCUUCUCAUCCCUCACAUGGAAUUUGCAGGCUCUGCACAUUGGUAUGGCAAAAACCUGGGGGUGGGGGACAGCAUUAAUUAGCCGAUGUCCUGCCUGGGCCAUGGAGGCCAGCAGGGCCUGGCCAAGUCCCACUGGGGAUGAGCAGAGCCCCACAAUCUGAUAGCGUGGCUUGUGCCUGAGGAAAGGACCUGCAUGGAGCUGCAGAUUUUUCCUCUAGAUUGCUGGGUAGCAAGGCGGAAACAAGCCACAGCGCUGGUCUGGCACCUCCCAACGCUUGGGAGCGUUCGCUCCUCCCUUGGCAGCUUGCUCAGUGCCCCCCACCCCUCAGUGCCGGGUAUAUAAGGCCCCUCAGAGCCCUGCCACUACACAUCCACUCCAGUGAGGCAGACAGAAGCUGCUCCUCCAGCUCCAGCACCUCUGUCUUGGUGAGAGUGAACCCGAAGACCUUCAGCAUGGACAGAUGCAGAGUUCAGUGCUACGAGUACCCCAGCUGCCCUGAUGUAGUGAAACCCAAGUGCUAUCAGGCAUGCUCUGAAGCUCCUAAGGAAGAGCUUGCAUAUGUGACAUGUACUUACCGAGAAACAUGCAUCAACCAACCCGACUUCCUGGCCACCAUCGAUCUCAACCCCAGAUCUCCGCAUUACUGCCAGGUGAUCCACCGCCUGCCCGUGCCCAACCUCAAAGAUGAGCUGCACUGUUCGGGGUGGAACGCUGGCAAAGUCUGCUUUGACAAUAUCACAACGAAAAAGAACAAGCUGAUCCUCCCCUGUCUGAUUUCUUCCCGUAUUUACGUGGUGGAUGUGGGUACGCAGUGCCGGGCUCCCACAGUGUGUAAGAUGAUUGAGCCAGUGGAUGUCUUCUGGAAGUGCAACAAGGGACAUCUUAGUGUAGUUCACAGUCUGCCCAAUGGUGACAUUCUGAUCGCCAACAUGGGGGAUGCAGCUGGCCAUGGAAAAGGUGGAUUUAUUGUGCUGGAUGGAGACACCUUUGAGCUGAAGGGAAACUGGGAACAUGAGUGUGAGGUCCCCCCAACGGGCUAUGACUUCUGGUACCAGCCACGCCACAACGUUCUCAUCAGCACCGCCGGGAUGGUCCCAAGAAUUGCAGGACGUGGAUUUAACCCGGAUGAUCUGAAGAAAGGGGUCUUUGGGCGCCGCCUGAAUGUAUGGAAUCUGUCCUGCCGUACCCUCACGCAGUGCUUUGACCUGGGGGAGGACUCAUUGCCCCUGAGCGUUAAGUUCCUCCACAACCCCGAUGCUGCCGAGGGCUACGUCAGCUGUGCCCUGAGCGGCAUCAUCUACCGCUUCUACAAGUGCGAGAGAGACAGCUGGGCAGUGGAGGAGGCCAUCCAGAUACCAGCCAAGGACGUGUCGGGAUGGAUUCUGCCCAAGAUGCCAGCCUUCCCCAGCGACCUGGUCAUUUCCUUGGACGACAAGUACCUGUACGUCUGCAACUGGCUGCAUGGGGACAUCCGCCAGUACGAGAUCUCCAGGACCUGCAAGCCCCGGCUGGUGGGACAGGUGUUUGUGGGAGGCAGCAUCCUGCGAGGCGGACCUGUGACGGUGUGCAGAGAUGAAGAGCUGAAGUGCCAGCCGGAGCCCUUGGUGAUCAAGUGCAAGAGGGUGUACGGUGGCCCUGCUAAGAUCCAGCUCAGCGUGGAUGGCAAGAGGCUGUACGUCACCAACUCCUUCUACAGCACUUGGGACAAGCAGUUCUACCCGAACGUGGUCAAGGAAGGCUCUGUCAUGCUGCAGAUCGAUGUGGACACUGAGAAGGGAGGCCUGACGGUGAACAAGAACUUCCUGGUGGAUUUUGGAAAGGAACCCAAUGGGCCUUGUCUCGCCCACGACAUCCGCUUCCCUUGCGGAGAUUCCACCUCCGACAUCUUGGCCUAGGCGCCAUUGAACAGCUCCCUUCUUCUCUCUAGUCUGUAGUGCAGCCAUCAAACGGAGCGUAGGGUCAUUGGGUUGGGGGUCCCAUUCUUUGCUGGAAUCUAUAUUUCUGCAGCCAGUCCUGGCAGCCUUUGCUUUCCAUGCACACACGUCCCUGGGUGUGCUUCCCAGAGCAGAGCUCAGCUCCUUGCACAGACUUAGAGCCGUGCACAACACACGGCUCCUUUCAGUUAUAUCUGCAUCCUCCCCGUGCCAUACAGAGCCUGCUGGAGGCUGUUGAGCUCUGUUACGAUUCAGAGUUUGCUCACACUUGCUGAUGAAGGCCAGAGAGGGCGAAGCGCCCAUGUUGUCUGAGUUGCUGUUCUUCAGCCACGUUCGUAGCUGGACGGCCCUUCCCUGGCACGAGGGCACAUGGAACUCGCUGGCACGCACCAGUGCCUGGGCCAGGAGGUGUUGUAUCGCUGAAGGAGUGUGAAGUGCUUCACUCAGAAAGGGAUGCCUGAUUCCUGAUGCUGCUUUUCUUGUGUUCUGCUUCAAACGUGAAUAAAACUUCUUUGCAUCA